UUCAUACAUCAAAGCUCCAAGUCGAGCUUUUUGCUCGUUGCGUGCCCAUCUCGGUGUGCGUGUGUGCGUAUCUCUGUGUUUACUAUUACAAUCGAGUUGCGUCAUACGAGCAAUUUUCAUUGCACAUCGAGUCGAGUUAUACGCGUCUCACGUGCUUCCACCAAGCGUUAUACGAUCCAUCCCAGAGUCACGUGGUGUAAUAUAAUGUACUUUGGCUGCUGCUGCUUCUGCUAUGCUCGUUCACUGCUGCUGCUGCUGCUGCUGCUGCUGCCUGGCACUUUAGCGCGCAGUCGCAUUUCGCCCGCGCCCAUAUAGACCGACUCGACGCACACGACUUCUCAAACUCUCGUUGACGUUUUCAAAUUGUGAAACUCUAUAAGACAAUAACUUCGUUCGGCCUUUCGAAAUGAGUGGCCCAAAAGAUAGACGCUCGUCUGGGUCCGUAUCCGAAUCUUCUGCCGCACAGAAUCUUAUUCAACAUGAUCAACAGGAGAAAGAAAGAUCCGAUUACCCGCUUUUGGUGCCGAAAGCGCAGCUGAAACAUCACAUACGCCAUAAGCUCUCCGACGCUGUGGACAAUAACAAAAGUCAAAUGUACGAGGUGCACGCGGCCGACGAUACGAUGACAAAUAUCAACACAGAAGACGGCCUUGCUUUCUUGAACAUUGUCAAUAGCUCGUGCAAGCCUUUACACGAUGAACCAAGCUCGCGAGACCCGAUGGUCGAGACGAGCAGCAACAGCGGCAGCAGUAGCGAUGCGAAUGAACCUGUUUGCACACAACUGCUCACUCAAUUAAAUACUGCGUACACUCACUUAGCUCCAGAUGCACAAGCUCUGUUUUCUAAUCAAGAUAUUGGAGGUAUAGCUCCACUCACUGGAAUACAACUAGUUGUUCCAAAACCACCAAAGAAUUACGCUUUCACGAGCUGGAAUUGGCCUAUUAUUAGAAAAACGUUCUUUUGGUCCUUAAUGUCAAUAUUUGCCGGAAGUAUUGCAUUCGCCAUUGGAAUCAUUGCAACUAUGCCGAAGAGCUGCGAUCCAGCUGUCGAGUGGUGGCAAGGUAGCUUUUUCUACGAAAUCUUUCCUGCUUCCUAUCAAGACUCUUACCAAAACGAUGGAAUUGGUGACUUAAACGGAAUUGCCCAUAGACUGGAUUACUUGGACAGUCUUGGUGUACGCGUCGUUCGCUUAAAUCCUAUAUUUAAAUCUCAAAAGUAUCCAUUGGACUUUAUGGAAGCUCAAAGUUUGACUGAAAUCGAUCCGAUUCUCGGAUCUUUUCGCGAUUUCCAAAACUUGAUCGCGGCUGUGCACGAUAAAAAGAUGUCGCUGGUUCUCGACUUACCACUGCAUCCGUACGUGAAAGAUUUCGGGGACGAACCGGUGAACUACACUUUCACCGAUCGGCUGAAACGAGAUAUUAUGGCUUCUUCCGAUUUACCAUCCUCGGAUGAGACAAUGAGAUCCUUAUUAUCUGCUCCAAGCAAACUCGAAACCGUAUUAAAGUCUGUACCAGAAGAGAGAAAUCUUUUGGAAAAUCAUCCUGUAACCAAAGCACUCGAAUUCUGGAAAGAACAAGGCGUCGAUGGUUUCUACCUCAAAGGAUUAGAACGAUACACUGACGAGAUAAAUUUCUCAGUAUUAUUAAGGUACUGGAAGGGCUUACUGGGUCCAAAAAGGAUACUCAUGUGCAGCCAGAAUGCUUUGGAUACCGCUCAAGGCCUCGCGAAGAAGAGCAUCUUGAAUCGAAUGGACCUGAUCGACGUGACGUUGAGGGUCGCCAAUGGAACUCGGAGCAUCAAAAAUCAAAUUUCCAAAGUUUUGAAGGGCCCGCUGUUUCAAAAAGCUGGUAAUCCUUGGGUCCACUGGUCGACAGGUAGCGUUGACACGCCCAGAUUAGCCUCGGUCUUGAAAAUGGCCAAUGCCAGUCUAGCCGUUGCCAUCAUGGGAAUGAUGUUACCUGGUACUCCCAGUGUUUUCUACGGAGAUGAGGUUGGACUGUUAAAUGCCGAAGAAAAAAUGGAUCAAAAUCUGGCACAUCUGAGCCAUUUGGUACCAAUGCGCUGGGACAAUCAAAAUGAAAACGAUCAAGCCUUCACAAAAGCACUCAAAAAUCCCUGGAUACCUGCCUCUGCCAAACCUGCAGAUUCAAAUUUGACCGGGCUGUUGUCAAAAAUGUCAGAACUACGAUCAAAAACCACAACUAUCUACGUCAAAGCAAUUCUAAAGAAUAAAGAAGCUAUCGCCAACGGCGACGUGAGGUACUCUGCGAACGAGAUCAUCGUCAUCGAGAGGUGGUAUCCACGCAGAAACACGUACGUUUUUGUGGCGAAUCUCGGAGUCGGUACUCAGACCAAAGAUCUAUCCACCCUGUAUUACGGGGGCCACGUGGUGGUCGGAUCGGACAACAAACUCGAACAAAACAUAUACUUCAGGGAACUGACCAUCCCUGCCGGGGAGGCCUUCGUGAUCAAGCUCGAUAAAUGAAAUACUCCCACUCGCAGCAUGGAGAUGUACUUUUGGGAAAUGGUACUUAUUUGACUCGAUUAACCCUGAUACCGUUUGUGUUGCAUCGUGUAAACGAAUUGGAUAUUUGUAAUUCAACCUCCCGUUGAUUUUAAUAGUUCUAUCGAUUGAUCGAGUACAUAAGUGCGAGAGAUUUUUACGUAUAUUUUUUUACCAAGUAUUUUCUAUUCAUAUAAAGAGAACGUAUAAUCUAAAAAAUUCCAUCGUUUACUUGGAUGUAAAAAAUAGUUUUUGUAUUAGUAUUUAAGAAUACGAAAAUUAGAAUUUGUUUCUAUGUAUGGUAAGAAAUUUUUUGAAUACCACCGGUAAAGUGAUCAAGUGUGGCUAAGAUUAUCACACACACACUUUGCAUUCAAUGUACAAAAUAAAUUCUUCAUGAUUGUCAUUAAUAUAAUUCUAAAGUUUUUCUCUAAUGAAUGCAUGGAGUUUCUAAAUUCUUAUGUGAUUUCUUUCUUGAUUUUUUAUAACUUUUACGCGCAUAUUCAACACUAUUUUAUAAUUUACUUUUACAUAAUUUUCAAUUUUGAAAUUAUUAAAAUUUUCUAUUGUCGAGCUAUUAAAAAAUUACAACUAUGUACAUUGUCAUGAAAAGAACGUUUUACAGCCUAACAUAGACCGAUGACUGAGUUGGCUCACAAUGCGAGUUGGCUCAAUAAUGCAAAUUCUUACUUAGUAAUUCAAUUUCGUAUUCUCUUUUACACUUAUUUAUACAAGUUAUACGUAUUUCAAUGCAUUUUAAUGCUCUCACAAUGUUCUAAAACAAAGUUUAGUCACUUAUCUUUAGUAUUCAAUAUUGAAUUGUGUAUUCAAUUUUUUGUAUCUUUUUAAUAAUUAUCUACGAUGUAAAUAGUAUCUGUAUAAUACAAUAUUUCACUUGGUAUUAUUCAAGUUCAGUAUGAAAAAUUGAUGAACUUUUCAAGUAUUCUUCAUAAAUUAAUCAAGAUGACUUGAUAAUUGUUUUAAAAAUUCUAGAACUAUCAAUUAAAAUUUUAAACAUAUAACAAUACCUUAAGUCUUAAUAGCGAUAGAUGUAUACGAGUUCAAUUCACGGUUUGCUUUUGGGAGUCUAAAAAUUGUACAUUUGUAUGUGCAUGUCAAAAAAUAUAAAUAUUUCAAAUGUUCUUUUUUACUUCAUCAAAAAAUUUAUUAGAUGGAUCAAAAAGCGAUACUGCUGAAAAUAAUUAAUCAAAUCGUUCAA